UAGACCUGCAUGUUUUCACUAUCAAAUUGGCAAUAACUGCAUUAGAUGCAAUUACCUACAUCUAAAUAUAGUUUAGUCGUCUAAUAUUCUAGGUUAAACAUUGAUAUUUCCCGAAUUUUUCCGUUUCCCUUGUGAAAAAUCAGAGAAAUUUUCGACGCUCAAUACCAUCAAAAGUGAAAAUCCAAUAUGGCGACCGGAAAAUGCCGACCUCGUUGGUAUACAAGUUUUAGUGUGUCAAAAUAAAGUAAAUAUUGGUUGAUUUGAGCCGAUUUGGUCAUUUCUUGUAAAAGUUUGUUCAGUUAUAGUGAAGAUGUAGUGAUCCGACGCUUUUUUUCGACAGGAAGCCGAAAUCAACAGUUUUUGAACUCUGACCUUUAUGCGCGCCGAAAAAGAAUGGGUUCCCUUCACAAUGUGCAACCAAAUUUGUUAAAAAUGUUCCAGUUCACAUAAAAAACGUGCCCAUGUUCGUCAUCUAUUUUCCUCAGGACGUUGUCGAAGGUUUUAAAUGCCUUGAUCAAAAGUUAAGGUCCUCGUCACAGUCUGAAAUGAGAGAGGACAUCAUGGAAGAGGCAGCAGUAUCCUCCGCUAGCGAUUUCGAUCCUAGCGCAAUAGCUGAGGAGGAAUUUGAACUGCACACUACUUACAUAGUGCCAGAUCUGCCGGUUGGGCAAGGUACCCCCAACAGGGCGGAAUCUACCCUUCCUAGGAACCUGGUGUUAAAACCUUCUAAUGCUCUUUCAGAUGCACAAGGAGUGUGGAGCACGGGAUAUAUCCCACGAGGGACAAGAUUUGGCCCCCUCGUGGGAGAAAUAUACGCCAAAGAUGCGGUUCCGAGCUCCGCAAAUCGGAAAUACUUUUGGAGGAUAUACAAAGAUAAUGAACUUUUCUACUACAUCGACGGAUAUGAUACAUCUAAGGCCAACUGGAUGAGAUACGUAAAUCCGGCGUAUUCAAGCGAAUCUCAAAACCUAAUCGCUUGUCAGUACAAAAUGAACAUCUACUUCUAUACUAUCAAGCCUAUCCUCCCAAAUCAGGAACUUCUAGUAUGGUACUGUAAAGAAUUUGCUGAACGACUAAACUACCCUCUAACAGGAGAACAAAUGCUUCAAAGAAUAAGACAACAAGUACAACAAUCAUCUGAAGUCAUUACUGUAACCACCACUGAACCUGUAAAAGAUGCACCGUAUGAACACCAGCUAACACCAACAGAAGGAAGCGUCAGAUCGGAAGCGUCGGAUCAAGGUUACCAUAGUAACGGAUACCACGAUGACGCGUUCACACCGCCAGAGGAUUCCAGCGAUUCCGACAGUGAAAAUAACUACGUUCUCGAUUUCAGUAAGAAACAAAACUCAAAAGAGAUACCUGUAAUUCAGUCGGUGGUGCAGCAGACCCCUAAAAACGAAUACAGGAAAGUGAAGAUCAAGAUCUCCAAAGCCUAUAAUUAUAAGCCGCUGAAAGGUGACAGUGACCCUGAAACGGGUAAAGACUCACCACCCCUGGAUACUGCAGUACCUGAAAUAAAUUCAUUAACCCCUAGGAUAAUAUCCCCACCGUCGACGGUUAUUGUGAUGGAUUCUCCACCUCAAGAAGUUCCUAAUAAACCCUUUUACGAAUCCGAUGUCAAACAAACACAUUUGAUUCCCCGCUACACACCACCAUCGUCAAGCAUCCUGGAGAACAUUCUUUUACGAAACAGAAUUGAUAACAACAACAACAACGACAGUAAUCAAAGGCAAGCUAAUGCCGCUACACCGCCACCGUGCUCUCCAACUGAAAUGGCAUAUUCUUAUAAAAAGAGUCACAGAUAUGGAACAGUUCCUUGCAGUCCAGAUUCCAGUUCUAACGUACAAAUGAAUAUUUUACCACCGAGUCCUACACCUUCAAUGAAGAUUGGCGGCGAUUCUAGUAGUCCCGGGCAUAUUGCAAACCUCUAUAUGCCAGAUAACUUUCAACAACCGAACUAUUACAAUAUUUAUUCCCCUACAAAUAGUAUCGCUCAAAAUACAAUUACGUCUACUGCUACUCACAGUUACAGCCCUCCUAUUACUACCUUUAGUGGGAACCAUCAUGUCAAUAAUAAUAACUCAAACCCGUCGAGUAUAAUCGUACCAACAAGUCAUGUAAUCAACUCGAACAUUACCCAUCAUCUACUGACUCCUUUGACCCCUCUUCAAACGAAUUGCGGAAAUAGAUCACCCAAUUCGAAAGGAUCUGAUAUGAAAUACGACAUGAACGUGAUUUCAAGUAAUCCCGCAAGUCCAACAGGACAAUCUAGAGGAUACAGGAGCUUACCGUAUCCGCUAAAGAAAAAAGAUGGUAAAAUGCACUACGAAUGCAACGUGUGCUGUAAAACGUUUGGACAGUUGUCCAAUCUUAAAGUUCAUCUACGCACUCACAGUGGCGAAAGACCCUUUAAAUGCAACGUAUGCACUAAAUCUUUUACCCAACUUGCUCAUCUUCAAAAACACCACCUAGUGCAUACUGGCGAACGACCUCACGAAUGCGGAAUAUGCAAAAAACGAUUCUCGUCGACGUCUAAUCUGAAAACGCACCUUAGGCUGCAUAGCGGGCAAAAACCGUACGCUUGUGAUUUUUGCCCGGCUAAGUUUACGCAAUUCGUCCAUUUGAAGCUACACAAACGACUUCAUACAAACGAGCGACCGUAUAUUUGCCAGGAAUGCGGGAAGAACUACAUCAGUGCAUCUGGAUUAAGGACGCAUUGGAAGACCACCAGCUGCAAACCAAAUAACAUUGAAGAUGAGCUUCAUGGCGAAACAUCACCCAAUGGAUAUUAUGAAUAUCCAUCAGAUGGCAGCAUGGGAUCGAUCGAAAUGAAAGAUGGUCACGACGAAUUGAAAGAUUCAUACGACAUGGGCCACCCAACGAUAAGCCACGCGGCACCUCCACAGUCUAUGGGGGCCAUAAGUCGACAAAUAUCCCCUGGAUUCAUCCAGAACACCACCCAAAGACCAUCCCAAAGCAUUCAUCCUGGCAAGGAGACGCGACCCAGCGUCAUUGAAUCAUCUCAACCCCACAUCAUUGAAUGUACCUAAGAUAUUUUCUGCUCAUUAUCUUCUGUAACUAAGUGGCCGAAGAUUGAACAUGACAAUUUAAAUUGAUAAAUAGAAACAUGUUUAAAAAUGUACGCGGUAAUUGAAACAUUGGAGAGAAAUGAAAAGUAUGAAUGGCUUUUGAUCUUCGGAAACUUAGUUUGCUAUACUGUUAAGUUUUUGUAAGUUUAUUUAAUGUUUUUUUUUUCAAACAAAUUCACGAUGGAUUGCUACAGCCGCUGUUUCAAGUUUCAAAAUAAUCAUCAAAUUUAGUUGAACAAUUAUUGUGAAAUGAAGUUUUAAAUAUUAGUUUCAUGUUUGCUCCAUAUCAAUGAAGGUAUUAUUUUAUUUUGCAAGAAAUAUACUAAAAUUCAUUAAUUAUUAAUUAAUAGCAUUAGGUUACAAUUAUUGUUUUUCUUGUAGAAAAAAUCAUAAAAAUAAGUUAAAAAAUUAAAUAACACACACUUAUAAAGAUAAAGGUCAGUACCAAAAAGAAACUACACUGAGAUGCAAAAAGCGCAACGGAAAAAGUAUUGGCCUAAUUUAAAAUGUAUUUUUUUUAUUCUUAUCUCUAUUUCCUUGAUUUUUUAGCAAACUGUAUAUAAAUAUAUCGACUUUAAAUAAAAAGAGAAUAAUAGAA